AUGUUGUUUCGGGAGCAGCCUCACCCGCCGAAUCUCGAUAGUCACCACAGAAAGAAUACUGACCGGCUUCCAGCUGCAAUUGUGGUUAUUAGCGAUAGCAGUGAAAGCAGUGACGGUAGUGACUCGGACGACCAGGAGUGGCCUAUAAAGUGUAUCCUGCGUGAAACAGACACCGAAUAUCUUAUUGAUUGGGAGGGUCCUUACGAUCCAACUUGGGAACCCAAAGAGAACGCGAGUGAGCUUGCUAUACAGGUCUGGAACAAGCGGAAAGCUCGGCGAUCAAACGAGCUAGAUUGGAGAUCUACGCGCGAGAGGGUUACUCAAUCACCCAGUAUCAUCGAGGUCUCUUCCUCAUCCUCAGAAGCAAACAUAGGCCUAGAGGACCGCUACAGCACAUCCUUCGACGACGAGAGCGACGCUCACUCCGAUAAUCGUCCAAGAGCUUCCUCAUCGUUAUUUGUGCGACAAGAGGGCCUUUCAGAGAUAAUAGACUCUCUUCAGUCUCAGUACAUUAAAGCCUCGGGCUGCUUUUACGGGACCGCCUCUCCAUCCCAAUCUCUCUCUGACUGUUCCCCGCCCCUAGCUGCUCUAUCCACAAGCACUCGCUCUCAGCCGGACGCCACGCUUUUUGAAUAUAUCCCCGAGUCAUCUAUUCCACCCGAAGACCUGCAACCAGGUGAGUGGGACGACGUCAAUACGCAGCAGCCCGAUCCGACUUGUGACUUAAAGGGCGAUUCGGUUGAUAGCUGCUCAUCAUAUCGACAGUACUCUGGGGAAAUCAACAACGCGUUUGAAUUCUCGUAUCCGAACACACCGGGUCUUGGACUGAGCUCCAAGGUCUCCGAAAUAGCUGAGACGCCUGCUCAGCCACCAGGUUCAGGAGCUGAUUCCUUGUGCCUCGGCUCUUUUCCUCUUGACAAUACUCUAUCUCACAACAAUUUGACUUCUCAACAUCUUCUCUUGUGUGGCCCCAUCGCCAGAGACUGCGAGUUCGCCCAGUCAACCUAUCUGAGCUCAAUUCCAGAGACUGUUUUUCAUCACCUGUCACAGCACCCAGAAAGCCUCGGCUCUGAAGGUUCCACUCGACCAGUGCUAUCAUUUUCUAAUAUUGUGGAACAAGAACGAUCUACCGAAAUCAUGGAAGACAAAGAGCCCAAGCUAUCAGAUCAUUCUCUCUCCGAUGCCACUGUGGACCGAUACAGUCAAUUGCCAGGGUCCACUCCGACAGAGAAGAUGCAGAAUGCCUGGGCCCAACUCAGCCAAGAGAAUCAAUCUGAUCUAUCGCGACCAGCUAACGCCGUUGAAACUCCGUCUUCUGUAGGGGAUAUUGAAGCUUCGAUCCCUUUGUCUGUCCCCGACACAACUGCACCGCUUAGUGUUAGACCUGACACAGAUUCAUUUUCCCAUUCACACACUGCAGUCCACCACGGCCAUUCUGAACCUUUACUACCCCCAUCAGAACUAGCUCACGGAGGCCAUUUGAGCCAACCUUCACUCCAAACUAUUCACCCCAGCGCGUUAACCGUCACAGGCAUGGAUGAUGAGGUUGCGCCCGGAUCAGUCCACCUUGGGCCAUCUGAGUUUGCCGUCACCCUUCCGAUGGAUUCUCGUGUGAAAGAUGACUACGAGCGAGUGCUAUCAGAUGCAGCUACAAGCAUACGCCAAUUUUUCGACAGCUUUCAGUCGAAUACUCAGAUUUCAGAGCCUGAGCGAGAGGUUUUACAUUCACAUAUGCGGGAGGUCAUCCGGCGAUUGAGUAAUGUUUCAACUCAUCCAGACCUGAACAUCUCCGACCAUUUGAAAGACGCCGAUCCCGACCUUGCGAAAGAGGCAUCCUGGGCCGAAUACUCUAGUGCAAAGUUUCUGCUACUUGGUCACCUCAUGGAGAUUGUAGGUACAAACGAGCUCCAUCUGAUUCUUGCUGUUCAAGACGAGAAAAAACAGGCAGUUGUUGAGCGUUAUCUCCAAGGGAAGGGUUUUACAUACACCCGACCCCGUGGAGAGAUGGGCAGCACCUUGGAGGUUUCCCUAGCCAAGGGGUCGCUCAGCUUUGGAAUUCAUUCCAGUGAGACCGCCCGUGAGCUCUACAAGCCGCCAUCUGCUAUUUUCGCGUUGGAUUCGUAUUUCAGACCCAAAAGCCCGUCCAUGCAGCACCUACGAACGACCUAUGCCCGAAACGGGAACUUGCUUCCUGUUAUCUGGUUUCUUGUCGCCAACACAAGUGAGCAUAUCGAACGUUGCUUGCCUGACUCACCGGAGCCUGAUCGAUUACGGUUACUUGUGCACUACAUUGCCCGUCUCCAUGACGAGGUCGGUGAUCUUCAAGAUGAUGCCCUCGGCGUACAUGAAGAUGCCGAAGAGAUUCUUGGAUACCUCUUGGAUAGUGUUGCUGGCUGGCCAUUGCCUACCAUUGAACCUUUGAAUCUUGUAUCCCUUGAAGAGUUGGAGUGCUACAGCCCUUCAUCCGACGACGCGAUGCCGCCAGCCCAGAAACGCACACUGGAUGAGGAACCAGAGGAACACUCCUCGAAGCGCGCACGGGUCGGUACCCAAGAGAACAGCCAGCUCACCGAGUCAACUAAGCCUCCCAGUCAAACUUUGGACCGCGAUUUACAGUCACUAGAGAAGAACCUCAUCCAGAUGAAACACAUUUAUGCAAGUGAAAAGGCCCAGUUGCAGGCUGAGCUUGCUGAGGCAAAUUCUCGAUUCCAAGAAAUGGAGAAGGCACUGGGUGUUCUGCAACACCGUUACGAGAGUCGGACAAAUGAACUCCAUGCAACUCGCCAAGAGCGCGAUCGCGUGACUGAAACCAAGCCGUCACUGGAACAGCGCGUUGAGAAACAAAAAGAGACUAUCUCUAGUUUAAAAGAAGAACGCGCAGAGCUAAAGCGCGAGCUCGAUGAAGCCAGACAAGCACUUAAAAAUGGCGGUGGCAGUUCCGCUGAACUGGAGACCGCACGCGAGGAAAUCCGCCGCCUGGCCAAAGAAAAUUCGAACCUUGAACGCAAGGCUGAGUUCGAGAAAAACCAAUCCGAGUACACCCGAGAGCAAUAUCAAACUGCGUCUACGGCAGCCGCUCAGUCUGGCACAGAGAAUCGUCAUUUGUCUGCUGAGAAUGAGAAACUAAAGCGCAAGGCCGAAAGCAAUGCCGUCCAACUUCGCGAGCUGCACAUGAAGGACGAGUCGGCUCGUCAUCUAGCUCGAAUUGAAGAGCUAGAAUUAACUCUCGCUACGCGCGAUGAAUUCCUACGCAGGAAGGAAGAUGAGCUUCGUGAAAUCCGGAAGAAUCGUCCAUCAACUCGCUCGACUAGCACUCAGCCACGAAGCCCCAAAUGGGCCAGCAGCCGUCCGACCAGCCCCGGGAUUGGUCAUAAUGGUAACGGUAAUGGCGGUCUUGGUGGUAGGGGCAGUGCCCUACGAUACAGCUCAGAGAUGCCUUUCUGA